GUUUCGAAAAAAAAAUAUGAAAAUCGGUCCUUACUUGAAAUAAUAUGAUACUUUACUGCUGAGAAGUUUCAAUUUUUAUGCAUUCAAUUAGUUUAUUCAUUAAUUAAAAUGGACCUGAAGUAUCAGAAUAGUAUCUUGAAACCUCCUCCCGAUUUCUCAUUCCCCUUUCCACCCUACAGCAUACAGAAAGAAUUCAUGAGUACCCUUUACGAAGUUUUGGAAAAAGGGCAAUGUGGAAUUUUUGAAAGUCCAACGGGAACUGGCAAAUCACUGAGUAUUAUUUGUGGAGCUUUGCGAUGGCUUUGCGAUCACGAUACGCGGAACAAAGAAGAUUUGAAAAAGAGUAUCGAAUUGCUGGAAAAAGAACUAUCCAAAUUUGAUUUCGACGCCGGAGCUGAUUGGUUGACGGUGCAGUCAAAUCAGGCAGUUGUCAGUCGUGAUAAAAUUGAGUUACAAGUGAAACUACAAUGUAUUGAAGAUAACGAAAAAUUUAUUCAAAAAAUUAAAGAUGAUUUUGAAAAAGAACGUUUGUUGAAGGAUAAAAAAGCGCCCUGUAUAACUCGUAAAUUAACUCCUUCGUUGUCCGAAACUAGUGAUAAUGACGAUACCGAUAUGUUAUUAGAAGAAGUGCAAAAUGACGACGCCGACAAAAGUGAAUCCGAAGAUGAAACAGAAAACGAAUAUGAACCUACGAAGAUUUAUUUCUGCAGUCGUACUCAUUCGCAGUUAUCUCAGUUCAUUGGAGAAAUAAAAAAGACCCCUUAUAAAGAUAAUAUUCGCGUCGUACCUUUAGCGUCCAGACAAACAUUAUGUAUUAAUCCUGAUGUGAAGAAACUUAGAACAAUUUCAUUAAUCAACGAAAGGUGUUUGGAGUUACAAAAAAAUAAAACCAGCAAAGCUACCCAAACUGGAUCAUCGAAACAAGUUAUUAAAAAAAAGAAAUGUUCUCACAGUUGCCCUUUCAAUAAUACUACUUCAGUUAAGCAGUUGAGUGAACAAAUUACCAUUGAAGUGAAAGAUGUAGAAGAAUUGGUGCAUUUGGGUCAAAAGAAUACAGCUUGUCCUUAUUAUGCUGCGAGAGCUGCAGUUAGAUUAUCUCAACUUGUUGUGGUACCUUAUAACACACUACUUCAUAAAUCAACUCGUGAAGCGUCAAAAAUAAAACUGAAAGAUAAUAUUGUCAUCAUAGAUGAAGCUCAUAAUUUAUUAGAUGCCAUUGGUAAUAUGCAUAGUUCUUCGGUCACUGGUAAUCAGCUUUGUUUAUGUCAUAAUCAACUAACUCAAUAUAAGAAUAAAUACGAAAAACUAUUCAGCGCUAGUAAUUUAUUAUACUUGAAUCAAUUAAUUUACGUCAUCGGUCAAUUAAUAUCAAUAAUAGGUGGUAAAGGUGGUUGUAAUCCCGCUGAGGGUAGUGGAAAAACAAUCGACACCAAGAUAUAUACUUUGGUAGAAUUUGUCCAUGUUGUUGAAAUAGAUAACUACAAUUUGUAUAAACUAUUAAAUUUCUGUCAAAAGAGCAAACUUACUCGCAAGCUUCAAGGAUUUGCUGAAAAGUAUCAAAAUAUCGUGACUCCAGUGGUGAAACAAGAAAUAGGACUAAAGGCAUUUUUAAAAAAUAUUUCAACUAAAAAUAAUCAAGCGCCAGAAGUUCCUGCUGCUCCGCAAACUCAAGUGAAUGCCGAAUCAAAUAAUCCGAUUCUAAUUGUACUAUCCUUUAUCGAAUCGUUAACCAAUCAUUGCGAAGAUGGAAGAAUUAUUUGUUCUCGUCAAGCAACGGUUGGUAAAGGAUCACUUAAAUUUUUACUCCUUAAUCCUGCUGCUCAUUUUGAAGACAUCGUAAAAGAAGCAAAAUCAGUUAUAGUUGCUGGUGGAACUAUGCAACCAAUUUCAGAAUUCAGAGACCAGCUGUUUAAAAACGCCGGAGCUGAGCCAUCUCGAAUUGUUGAUUUUUCUUGUGGACAUGUCAUACAGCCUCAAAAUAUACUGCCGAUAAUUGUUUGCAGUGGAUCAACAGGAAAACAGUUGGAUUUCUCUUAUCAAGCAAGGGAUACCGUGAUCAUGAAAAAUGAAGUUGGACGUAUUUUGGAUAAUAUGUGUAACGUGGUUCCUGCCGGAAUAGUUUGUUUUUUCCCUUCUUACGAUUAUGAGCAAUCUAUUUAUCAACAUUUAGAAAAAUCUGGGAUCAUCGAGAAGCUAUCUAAAAAGAAAAAAAUUUUUAGAGAACCCAAGAAAACCAGCGAAGUUGACAAUGUUCUUGCUGAGUAUGCAAAAGUUAUCCAAUCCGAUAAAGAGAAUUGUAAUAAGAAACCUAAUGGAUGUUUAUUGUUCAGCGUUAUUGGUGGAAAAUUAAGUGAAGGAUUAAACUUCAGUGAUGAUCUUGGACGCUGCGUUAUUGUAGUUGGUCUACCUUACCCGAACAUUAAAUCAGCCGAACUUCAAGAAAAAAUGAGCUUUUUAGAUAAAACUGCUGGACCAGGAAGCGGACAAAUGCAUUACGAAAAUUUAUGUAUGAAAGCCGUUAAUCAAUCCAUUGGUCGAGCUGUACGUCAUAAAGAUGAUUACGCCACAGUUCUUCUACUUGAUCAUAGAUAUUCUCGUCCUCAUAUCCAAUCAGCUCUACCUAAAUGGAUGAAACCUUCUUUACAAACGUGCGAGAAAUUCGGUCCAGUUUUCAGUGCUGUAACGAAAUUUUUCAAAUCCAAAAGAGAAAAUCCAUGAAAAAACCCGAUGAAGCUUUUUGGUUUUCGACAUACCGGUGAAUUGCUCAUAAUAUUGUGUUACGUAAAUGCUUUCCAGUACCUAUUUUUUUUACCUUGAUUUUUUGAAUAUUUUUACAGUCUUUUAUUAAACAUUUUAUUUUUUGCAAUUUUUACUAUCAUGAUUCAUGAAGUGUU